UCCAGAUGCAAUGUUUCAGGUGAGGCUCGAAAACGGGUUUACUGUUUUAGCGCACAUUUCUGGAAAAAUCCGUCGAAAUUCUAUUCGAAUUCUUCUUGGUGAUCGUGUGACCGUUGAAUUGACCCCGUAUGAUUUAACAAAAGGGCGUAUCAUUUAUCGAUUACGUAAAAAUGAUCCUUCUCGUUUCUAA